UUCCACACAUAACAGAAGGGUGCAUGGAUCACAGGUCAAAAGCCAUGUGCUCCGUUGUCCUUGGUGUGUGAAUUUUGCACAUUACGCCUUCAUCAUCACAAUGAACAAAAAAAGAAACCAUCCAUGGCAGACAUUUUAGUCAUGUACCGCUUCCUUCCAUAAGCUGAAACAAUACAUAGUUUUAUGAUGUCGUAAUUUUUUGGGUACAAUUUAUGAUCUCUUUAAUAGUAAUUUUGUAAAUGUCCGUUUGGUUACCUUUACUAGUAGCAGCUUAAUAAUAUGCAUACCAUCUCUAAUCGCAUUUCUUUUCUCCGCUAAUCACCCCCUUCAGCCAGCCCGAUCGAUCUUGUAAGAUCAAUCGGCCAAUUCAAAGGGCGAAUCUCAGUGACGUUUGCUUUAUCGAAAAAAGCUCCUCUACUCUGCUCCUCUGAUAUUCUCAACUUGAACUUCAAUACAAAGCUACCUCUUUUCAUUGGCUAGAGAUCAAAUUGAGAUUUCCCGUUCUCGGAACCCAAAAGUGGGUGUCGUGAGUGAAGCUGAGAAAUGGGUUCGCUUCAAGAUUCAUAAUUUCUGGUCGUUUUCAGGAGUCAUGAUUUUGGCGCGAGAGGAGUAUAGGAAUAGGAUUUGAGUUGCUGUUAUCUGGUACGGCGUCGCAGGCUAAUCUGGGUUCAAUUUUCAGAUGGUCUCUUUGGGGUUCUUGCUACGGCGGUGAAUUGUGGAAGAGGGCGGUGAAAGAUGCGGAGGCGGGCGGCCGAUUAUCAUCGGCGCCCGGUUCGGAGGAGCCUGACUUUUUGGAUCUGGGCGCUGCUCGGAAUAUUCUUGAUCGCCGGAUGCUUUUUGUUUGUCAUGCAUCAUCAGUAUGAUCGCAGGGAUCGCGUUGAACACCCUAUUUUGGAUAGAGAUGGUUCGGAAAAUGCACAGGUUAUACACGAGCCUCUUAAUUUUACCCAAGAAAUUUUGAGUGCCAGAUCCUACGCCAGGCAAUUAAUAGAGCAAAUGACACUUGCCAAAGCUUAUGUAAUUAUUGCGAAGGAGAACAAUAAUCUUCAUCUUGCAUGGCAGCUUAGCUCAAAGAUUAGAAGCUGCCAAUCUUUGCUUUCAAAGGCUGCAACAAGGGAGGAGCCAAUCUCUUUAGACGAAGCAGAGCCAAUCAUUAGAAGCCUCUCAUCUUUAAUCUUCAAGGCACAAGACGCACACUAUGACAUCGCCACCACAAUGGAAACAAUGAAAUCACAUAUUCAAGCAUUAGAGGAGCGUGCAGAUGCAGCAUUUGUACAAAAGGAAGUGUUUGGACUGUUAAGUGCUGAAUCAAUAUCCAGAAAUAUGCACUGCUUAGACAUUAAGCUCACUGCUGAUUGGCUCAAAAAACAGCCUCUGCAAGAUCUUGCAGAUGAGGUUCAAAACUCUCUUCGGUUGGUGGACAAUAAUCUGUACCACUUCUGCAUAUUCUCGGACAAUCUGCUGGCAGUUUCGGUUGUUAUUAAUUCGACCGUUUCAAAUGCUGACCAUCCCCAACAGUUCAUUUUCCACAUAGUCACGGAUGAGAUAAACUAUGGGGCAAUGCAGGCAUGGUUCCUAAGAAAUGAUUUUAAAGGGUCAACAAUUGAAGUGCAAAAAGUUGAAGACUUUGCUUGGUUAAAUGCUUCUUAUUCGCCUGUCAUCAAAGAUAUUACUACGGAUAUUUACCAAAAGUCAAAGUAUGUGUCAUUGUUGACUCACCUCCGGUUUUACGUCCCGGAAAUAUAUCCUGAAUUGGAGAAGGUAGUUUUCCUAGAAGACGAUGUCAUUGUCCAGAAGGAUCUGGCAUCACUCUUUUUACUAGAUUUGCAUGGUAAUGUGAAUGGAGCAGUGGAAACUUGUCUUGAAGGUUUUCACUUCCUUCACAAGCAUGUCAACUUCUCAAACCCGCUCAUCAGCUCUAAGUUCGACCCGCAGGCAUGCGGGUGGGCAUUUGGGCUGAAUGUGUUUGAUUUGAUUGCUUGGAAGAGAGCAAACGUGACUGGUAGAUACCAUUAUUGGGUAGAGCAGAAUGCUGACAGGACUAUCUGGAAGCUUGGGAUACUUCCUCCUGCUUUAUUGACGUUUUAUGGGUUGAUCGAGCCAUUGGAUCGGAGGUGGCAUGUUCUGGGGUUGGGCUAUGACCCCGACAUUGAUAACCGGCUUUUAGAUAUCGCGGCGGUGAUUCAUUUCAACGGGAAUAUGAAGCCAUGGGGGAAGUUGGGCAUCAGCAGGUAUAAGCCUAUAUGGGAACACUACCUAAACCAGAGUGACACUUAUAUUCAAAGUUGUGCCACUCACUGAAAGUGCGCCAAAGGUGUUGGUAAUCCAUUCUUUUCACCUCCCAAGCUCCAAAAUUUGUAGUUGCAUUACUUGUAGAUGAUAGAAGUAGAAAAGUUUUGUCAUUCAAAGGUUCUUUUGUUUUCUUUUAUAGCUUGGAAGUGGAAAAUUAUUCUUAUACAAUUAUAUACUUGCUAUACAAGGAUUUGUGAAUGGGAGGGUGUACACAUCAAAUGAUUUUUUGGCAGAUGAAUUUUUCAUUGUUACUUCUGUGAAUCCAAAUACAUUUGCGCUUCAGUUUUUGAAUGUAAUAUUUCUUAUAAUCUGUACCGGCACUUUAUGAUUAUUUUUAAUGUAUCUUUUCUCUCAAGUCAA